AUGUAUAUGUAUGAGGAGGAAAAGAACAAUAUUGUUAAUAGUCAAGAAGGACUGAGAUUGGAGAUGGCCUUUCCACAGCAUGGAUUCAUGUUUCAGCAACUUCAUGAAGACAAUGCUCAUCACUUGCCUUCCCCUACCUCUCUCUCUUCUUGCCCUCCUCAUCUUUUCUACGGAGGAGGAGGAAACUACAUGAUGAACAGAUCAAUGUCGUUCACGGGAGUAUCAGAUCACCAUCAUCUAACUCAAAAAAGCCCGACCACGAUGAACAUGAAUGAUCAGGACCAGGUGGGAGAUGAAGACAAUCUAUCAGAUGAUGGGUCCCAUAUGAUGUUGGGAGAGAAGAAGAAGAGGCUUAAUUUAGAGCAAGUUAGGGCAUUAGAGAAGAGCUUCGAGCUAGGGAACAAGCUGGAGCCUGAGAGGAAGAUGCAGCUUGCUAAGGCCUUAGGGUUGCAGCCUAGGCAAAUUGCGAUAUGGUUUCAGAACAGGAGAGCUAGGUGGAAGACAAAGCAGCUUCAGAGAGACUAUGAUUCUCUCAAGCAACUAUUCGAUGUUUUGAAAUCGGACAAUGAUUCUCUUCAAGCCCACAACAAGAAACUCCAUGCUGAGGUUGUAGCAUUGAAGAAACAAGACCUUAAAGAGUCAGGAAAGAUCAAGAGAGAAUCAGCAGAAGCUUCAUGGAGCAACAAUGAAAGCACGGAAAAUAAUAAUAAUAGUUCAGAGGGGUUGAAAGAUCUUUUCCCUUCUACAAUUCGAUCUGUGACAACGAGCACGACCUCGGCUCAUAUUGAACAUCAGAUGGUUCAGGAUCAAGGAUUUUGCAAUAUGUUCAAUGGUAUUGAUGAAACGACGUCGGCUGGUUAUUGGGCAUGGCCUGACCAGCAACAACAACAUCACAAUCAUCAUCAUUUCAAUUGAUUAUAUCGUCCAAGAAGAACAUCAUAAUCCUGAUCAACAUCCUCAUGAUAUCAUCAUUACCAUCAUCAAAAGAAAUUUUCGUUGAUUUUUUUUUUUUAAUUUGAGUAUUGAAAUUAUUUGUUAUUGUAUCAAAUGACAUUGCAUCGUUUUUUUUUUCUCUCUUUUGCUGUUUCUUUUGGGUUUGUAGAAAGUGGGGUGUAUAGAGAGGAUAUUCAACAAUU